GGAAGUCAUUCACAAGAAACCUGUGCGAAACUACCUAGUACUUCUUCUUCAACUCAAUCGAGCCUGGUCGUCGAUCGUGUCUUCCCAGCAGCUUCCCCGUCAAGGCCGCGUCUAAAUCUGUCCAAAUAUUCCCACCAAAGGCAUAGAACAUAUAUAGAUAUUGAAAUUGUGGAAGAGAGAGAGAGAGAUCAGAAUGGUGAAGUUUACGAGUGUCGUGUUUGUUUUCGGUACUGUUGUUGCUGCGGUGCUUUUACAAUCAGCGGCAGCAAAGACAGUACACGUUGUGGGAGAUAGCAUGGGAUGGACGGUUCCAGUUGAUGCCUCUGCAUAUGAGAACUGGGCUGCCAGUAAGAAGUUCAUGGUUGGUGAUAUUCUGACGUUCAACUUCGUCACAGGGGCGCAUGGUGUGCUUCAAGUAUCAAAAGAAUCUUACGACUCUUGCAGCGCCUCAAACCCCAUUGGAGACCCAAUCACCACUGGUCCGAUCAACAUAACUCUCUCCAACUCUGGAAAUCAUUACUAUAUCUGCGACUUUAGCAUGCACUGUCAGUUCGGCCAAAAGUUAACCAUUACUGUCUUGAGCGCUCUUCUCUUUUGUGCUGUGCCAUCGUUUGCCGAGUGAUUGAAGUUUGUAUUAGAACUCUAUAUAUAAUGUAUGAAAACUUCUACUCAUCGUACUCACAUUAUAAAUAUGUAAUAUUUUUUUUUUCUUUUAUCAAAUAUGUAAUAUAUGAAUAAUGAAUUGAGAAA